AUGGUGUCCGCCCACGAUCUAGACGACCUCGACGCGAUCACAGUCGACUCUUCCGACGACGAUCUAAACGUGACGCGUCCGAUAAGAGACAAUGCUCUCACUCAUCACGCCCAUCCUCCCAUCAAAUCCGAAAAUGUGACCCCCAAACGUGAAAAUGUUUCUCCCCAACCUCUCCGCUCUACGCCCGCAGUAGCUCGCCCAGGCUCCAGACCGGCCCCUCCAGACCAAAAGAUUCCGGUGGACGAUACUACCGACGGGAAUAGCAGCGAUGACGACUCUUUUAACGAAGGCGAGGCUAUCUAUAAGGAGUUCAAGAAUCGUAAAUCCCGCAAGCGAAAACGAAGCUCUAUAGGUGUGCAGAAGAAACAGCCGAGCAAAGUGCCAGCUAAGGACGCGAUCGUCGGUCGAGUACCAAAGAAGAAGGAGCCUAAUGGGGUUCGGCCGAAAUAUAUGCGGAAUUAUGGAGAAGAGAUGUCGUCCGAGGACGAGUUAAUGGAAUAUACGCUCCCCGACUACCUGCAAAAGCGUCGGCUUCAGUUUGACCGGCGGCUGGAGCACCUAAAGGACUCCGGGUUGAAGCUGCCUCCCGACUACGACCAUGUUUACUUCUCUGAUGAUGAGCGAUUGGAGCAUCUUCGAGAGAAACCGGUGUUCAAAGAUAUCAAGCCUUGCAGUGAAUACAAGGACAUCACCCUAUCCUACUCUCUAGGACUCAUUCCGGCACCCAUCGCUCAGUGGCUUCGUCCGUACCAAAUAGAUGGUGCUGAGUUUCUGCAUCAGCUGUUUGUCUACCAGAAAGGUGGAAUACUUGGGGAUGAUAUGGGUCUAGGCAAAACUGUGCAGGUGAUCGCAUUUCUUACCGCGACAUACGGCAAAACGGGAGAUGAACGAGAUGAUAAGAGGAUGAGGAAGAUGCGGAGAAGUGAGGGGAGCCAGUGGUAUCCCCGGACACUCAUCAUCUGCCCCGGCACCUUGAUAGAAAACUGGAAGUCUGAGCUCUCUCGCUGGGGUUGGUGGCAUGUGGAUGCCUAUCACGGAGAAAACAAAGAUCUUGCGCUUUAUGCGGCAAAGUCUGGUCGCGUUGAAAUCUUGAUCACAACGUACGGCACAUACCUGCAUAAUAAGGAUUCCGUGAAUAUGGUUGACUGGGACUGUGUUAUUGCCGACGAGUGCCACGCAAUCAAGGAGAGAAGCUCUGAAACGACGAAGGCGAUGAACGACAUCAACGCUCUGUGCCGGAUUGGGUUGACAGGCACCGCUAUCCAAAACAAGUACGAAGAGCUCUGGACCUUGUUGAAUUGGACCAAUCCCGGGAGACUGGGGCCUGUGACCACCUGGAAAAGCAAGGUUUCCGAGCCGCUGAAAGUCGGUCAAUCCCACGAUGCUACGGUACAGGAACUAAGGACGGCUCGUUUAACUGCCAAAAAGCUUGUUGAGAACUUACUCCCGCAGUUCUUUCUCCGUCGGAUGAAGACAUUAAUUGCCGACCAACUUCCGAAAAAGGUCGACCGUGUAGUGUUCUGUCCUCUAACCGAUACCCAAGCAGAAGCAUAUGAAAAUUUGUUGAACAGUGAUAUCAUCACUUAUAUCAAGUCAUCCUCGGAUAAAUGCGACUGCGGCUCCGGAAAGAAGGCCGGUUGGUGUUGUCAACAGCAUUUACCCUCUGGUAUCCGUUGGCAGAAUUACGUCUUUCCAGCCAUACAAAUCCUGCAAAAGCUGAGCAACCACCUGGCUAUCCUUAUCCCACAGAGUACGGAUGGUUUCGAAAAGCAGGAAAAGGACAAGGAGAUGCUGGAGAUUGCUGUACCGAAUCAAUGGGAGAAGCUUUACCGUACAAGAGAUUCAAUCCUAAACUACGCUGAUGCUGAAUUCUGCGGUAAAUGGAAAGUACUUAGGAGACUUUUGAAAUGGUGGCAUGGAAAUGGAGACAAGGUUCUCGUUUUCUCACACAGCGUUCGACUUCUGAAGAUGCUACAAAUGCUGUUCAAUCAUACAAGUUACAACGUCAGCUAUUUAGAUGGGUCAAUGACUUACGAGGACCGGGCCAGGGUUGUCGACCAGUUCAAUUCUGAUCCACGACAGUUUGUUUUCCUUAUCUCAACGCGGUCCGGUGGUGUCGGUCUAAAUAUCACAUCCGCGAACAAAGUUGUCAUUGUCGACCCUAACUGGAACCCAUCGUAUGAUCUCCAAGCCCAGGAUCGAGCAUAUCGAAUCGGCCAGACGCGGAACGUGGAGGUUUUCCGACUUAUUUCAGCCGGCACUAUCGAGGAGAUCGUCUAUGCUAGACAGAUAUACAAACAACAGCAAGCAAAUAUCGGAUACAAUGCAAGUUCCGAGCGCCGGUACUUUAAGGGUGUCCAAGAAAAGAAAGACCAAAAGGGCGAGAUCUUCGGACUCAAAAACAUCUUUGAGUAUCAAAACGACAAUAUCGUGCUACGUGACAUUGUUAAUAAGACAAACGUCGCAGAAAGCAAAGCCGGCGUGCAGGUCAUGGAUGUGGAUCUGGAGGUGGAAGACACGAACCCCGAAGAUGGCCCUCGAAGCAGAAACACAGACGCAGACGACGAGGCCAUGAGCCAACUCGCGGCUAAUAUCUGUGGCGACGAUGAAAAGACCUCCCCAAAACAGUCCACCUCAACGCCGACAAAGCACGACCCCGUCCAAGCCAUCCUAGCCGGCGCCGGUGUCGAAUAUACCCAUCUCAAUAACGAAGUCAUCGGCUCCUCCAAGAUCGAAGAACGACUAAGCCGUCAUGCCCAACUAGCCGAUGACGACGUAGCAAAUAUACAAGUCUUCUGCGGGGAGCAAGAUGAAUGUGCCGGUACGAUGUCGCCCGCGUUCCAAAAAGACGGACGCCCAGUUCGGUUCAAAUACCACCCGCCUGAGGACGUGAUGAAACGCCAGUUUUGCAGCAUGGCCAGGCGGUUUGGGUUUCCGAAUGCUAUUGAGUUUGCGCUUCUUGUGGAGGGUAUGACUCAGGCUGAGCGGCGGGCAUGUUUGGAUCGUUGGUAUAGGGAGCGGCGGCAGAAUCUCUUUGAACGGCCUUCUGAAGGUUCGACCUGA